GUGUGCAGAAGGCUAUUUUGGACAACCUCUAAUACCAGGGGGAUCGUGUCAGCCAUGCCAGUGUAAUGACAACCUUGACUUCUCCAUUCCUGGCAGCUGUGACAGCUUGUCUGGUGCUUGCCUGAUAUGUAAGCCAGGUACAACAGGCCAAUAUUGUGAGAAGUGUGCUGAUGGAUAUUUUGGUGAUGCUCUUGAUGCAAGGAACUGUCAACCCUGUCACUGUCACACCAAUGGCUCCUUCUCGGAGAUCUGUGACUCUCGGACGGGCCAGUGUGAGUGCAAAGCCAACGUGAUCGGGCGCCGGUGUGACGUCUGCAAGCCCAGCUUCUUCUGGGCUCCAGAAAAGCUGUUUUGUAUACCCUGUGGCUGCAGUGCUUUAGGAUCCAUGUCACUGCAGUGUGACAUGUCAGGAAGAUGUAUCUGCAAAUCAGGAUUCAUGGGCAGACGCUGUGAAAUCAGCAGACAAGUGCCUAAAUUGAAAGAAAACGCACGAAGCAGUCAGCAGAUCCGAGUCCCCCCUCGGAGAUGGGGCAUCAGCAGUGCCAGUGGGUGCCCACGGGGUGCUUACCGGCCUGCCACUCCGCCUGAAACAUUUGGCUUACAAUCCUCAAGAGGCUGUGUUCCCUGCAACUGCAACUCUUUUGGUUCCAAGUCCUUUGACUGCGAUGGAGAUGGACAGUGUUAUUGCCAGCCUGGAGUGACAGGAAAGAAGUGUGACCACUGUGCUCAUGGAUUUUACAACUUUGAAGAAGGAGGCUGUACUCCCUGUGACUGUUCACGUUUUGGUAAUAACUGUGAUCCCGUCAGUGGCCGCUGUAUCUGCCCUCCUAAUACUGUUGGAGAGAUGUGUGACAAAUGUGCACCAAAUUACUGGGGCCAUGACAUUGUCAGUGGCUGCAAGCCUUGUGACUGCAGCCUCGUUGGAGCCCUGAGUUCUCAGUGUGACUUAAAUACAGGCUGUUGCUUCUGCCACCCUGAAUUCUCUGGGGAUAAAUGCACUGAGUGCAGGUUGGGUUACUGGAAUUAUCCACAAUGCGUUGCUUGUCAGUGCUUCCUGGCAGGGACUGAUCCACAGAGCUGUGAUACGGAGUUGGGGAAGUGCUCAUGUGUUGAUCAUACUGGCCAAUGCAGCUGCAAGGUUAAUGUGGAAGGUGUCCACUGUGACAGGUGCAAGCCUGGUACAUUUGGUCUCUCUGCCAGAAACCCACUUGGCUGCAGCAGUUGCCACUGCUUUGGCGUGACUACGCAGUGCAGUGAGGCAAGGGGGCUGAUUCGCAAGUGGGUGACCUUGAAGCCAGAGCAAAUGAUUCUGCCGCUGGUGGAUGAAAAGCUUCAACGUAGCACUCUUUCAGGAAUUGCAUUCCAGCCUCCUGAAAUAGUAGCAAAUAUAGAACAGGUCAUGCAGGAUCUUCGGUCAGAACCCGUUUACUGGAGGCUUCCAGAGCAGUUUGAGGGACAAAAGCUGGCUGCUUAUGGAGGGAAACUGAAAUAUGCAAUCUACUUUGAAGCACGAGAAGAGACAGGUUUUACUACUUACUACCCACAAGUCAUCAUCAGAGGUGGGCCUCCCACCCACACAAGAAUUAUUGUCCGGCAUAUGGCUGCCCCUCUGAUUGGGCAGCUGACGAGGCAUGAGAUAGAGAUGACAGAGCAUGAAUGGGAAUAUUAUGGUGACGACCAAAGAGUCAGAAACACUGUGCUCUGGGAAUAUUAUCAUGAUGACUCAGGUGUCAACAGGACGGUGUCCCAGGCAGAUUUCACAUGGAAACAUUAUGGAGAUGACUCAAGACCAAGUAGAGCUGUAUCCCGGGAAGACUUCCUGAAUGUGUUGUAUGAUGUUCAUUACAUUCUUAUUAAGGCUACUCAUGGCAAUAUCAUGAGGCAGAGCAGGAUUUCUGAGAUCUCAAUGGAAGUUGCUGAAGGCGGCACUGUGUCUGGGAUGACUCCUCAGGCUCACUUGAUUGAGAAAUGUGACUGCCCAUUGGGUUAUUCUGGUUUGUCCUGUGAG